UUUUCAUAAUUUUUGUGCCGAAUUUGGUCGACCAACAUUAGAUAAGGCAUUGGUGACCACUGGUCAGACCCAGACCCCUGCUUUUCGUCCUUUCCCCAUGUCGCUUUGCUCCUCUCUUUCCCCUCGCUACUUGGCUAUUCUCUCUCUCUGAUUCUUUCUUCCCUCAUUUUCUCAGUCUUCGUAAUCCUUUCCCUCUUUUUUUUUUAUUCGUUGCCCUCUCACCAUCCCAAAUCAAGCUGGCUGACUCUAGGUCGAUGUGGACGACCAAACCAAGCUUUAAAUUUUCCCAUCCCUUUCCUCACUUCUACUUUUCUAUCUCUCUUCUCCUUCUUGUUUCAAUCCAAAUCCUGCAUUAGAAGAUACAGUUCGAACUUUACAAGUUGACCGACAGGCGUCCUCAUUGAAUGGAUUGGCUGCUUUUGCUGAGAUAUAUGACAUGUUAGAAGAUGUAUGUUUGAAAUAUGAGCUUCCAUUGGCUUUAACAUGGGUGAAGGGAACCCCGAAUGGAAUCAUGUCAGGUCUAAACAAGAAACGUUCUCUAUCCAUCGAAACUACUUACUCUUAUAUUAAUUAUUGUUAUUAUUAUUAUGAUUGUUUAGAGAAAAUUAUUCAGUAUAAGUCUUUCAUGCAAGAAUGUGCAAUAUAUGAUAUUCAAGAAGGGCAAGCUAUUGCUGGACAAGCGCUUCAAUCAAAUGAGCCCUUCCUUUUUGAACCAAAUAUUACUGAGCUUAGGAGCAAUCCAUUUGCUGAGGCUGCACAGAAGUCAGGCUUACAUGCGGCCCUUGCAAUCUGUCUAGUCAACCAUUAUACUGAUGAUGUUUAUAUACUAGAAUUCUUUUUGUCCUCAUCUGAGGAACAACUUGAGGAACCAAAAUCCUUGGCACUUCGUAUCUUCGAAGACUUGAAAAAAAUGAAGACAAAGUUUGUAAAGCUAAGAGUUCAUGGCACUGAAGUCGGUUUGCAGGAAGAAGCCAUUCCAAACAUUCCUUGGGAGGAGAUGCCAAUGAGAAGCUCUCCACCAGCUACCUCUAACGACCAAUUUUUAAAUUCCAACGCAUCAAGGUCUCUGAAUGUAGUUGAACUAAAGGAUCGUCAUGUAGUGGAAAUACAAGGGCCUCAUGGGCAGGAGGCAGCGACUUCAAAUUUCCACCCUGCGUAUCUAUCCAUACAUGCUUCAUCAAUGGCUGGCGCAGAACACUUUAAUGCAACCAAUUUAAGGAGCUAUAACGGAUUACUGGAAACACAUGAGCCUCAACUGCAGGAAAUCAGAGAAAAGAAUGGGAUUUUUCAGACUAUUUCCAAUAUUGACCACGAGAUGGUGAAAGCAAACAGGGAGAACUCUGCACUCCCACGAACCAAACAGAGAAAGUUGGUAUCUAAAGUUUGGAAGGAAUUCACUAAGUUUGAAGAAAAUGGAAAACAAUUGGCCAAAUGUAAUCAUUGUAGCAAAGACUUAACGGGGUCAAGCGCGAGUGGAACCACACACUUGAAAAAUCAUUUGGAAAGAUGUCCAAGGAAGAAAAAUGAAUAUCAGGAAAGACAAUUGAAACUUUCAGUUAAAACAGGUGAUUUAACAAAUCGAGAUACGAGCGAAGGAAACUCAAUGUUUGAUCAGGAAAAGAGCCGCUUGGAUUUAGUGAAAAUGAUUAUUAAGCAUCAAUAUCCAUUGGAUGUGGCUGAGCAAGAAUUUUUUAAAUCUUUUGUGCAAAAUUUGCAGCCGAUGUUUGAAUUUCAAUCGCAAGCAACUAUUAUAUCUGACAUACAUCACAUCUAUGAGGAAGAGAAGAAGAAACUUCAACAAUGUUUUGCUCAGUUUGCUUGUAAGUUCAGUUUGACAAUUAGUUUGUGGAAGGACAAUCUUAGAAAGAAUGCAUAUUGUUGUUUGAUAGCCCACUUUGUUGAUGAUGAUUGGGAAUUGAGGAGGAAGAUUCUUGUCUUCAAAAAUCUGGAGCAUAACUAUGGCACAGGGUCUAUAAUUAGAGUUAUUCAAAACUCAAUUUCAGAGUGGAAUAUGAGCGAGAAAGUAUGUUCCAUAAGUGUGGAUAAUUCUUCUUUGAAUAAUGGUAUACUUCAACAGAUAAAAGAAAGUUGUCUUAGCGAUCAAGUUUCCCUUUCUUCCUGUCAUUAUUAUAGUAGUUGCACCCUUAUUCAGGAUGGAUUGCAUGAGAUAGAUGAUAUUCUUUUGAAGCUAAGGAAAUCAAUUGAAUAUGUUACUGAAUUAGAACAUGGAAAACUUAAGUUUCAAGAAGCAAUAAAUCAAGUGACGCUACAAGGUGGGAAAUCAACAGAUUAUGGUCCUUUAGGGUUGGAUUCGGACUUUAGCAUACUUGAUAGCGCUUUGGAAUCAAGACAAAUAUUUUGUCAACUGGAGCAAAUUGAUGGCCAUUUCAAAGUAAAUCCAUCAAUAGAGGAAUGGGAGAGGGCACUAAUUCUGCACAGUUAUUUGAAAGGUUUUUAUGACAAUUUAAGUAGUUUUAGGCAAACUCAUUCCUCUACUGCAAAUACGUACUUUCCCCAGCUCUGUGACAUGUACAAAAAAUUUCUUCAAAUGGAAAAGAAAAAUUAUCCUUUCAUGAUGAAGAGGAAAUUCGAUGACCAUUGGAGCUUAUGUAAUUUGGUUUUCGCUAUUGCAGCCGUUCUUGACCCACGGUUAAAAUUUAAAUUUGUGGAGUUUUCAUAUGGUGAGAUCUAUGGUCGUGAUAGUAAGAGGCAAUUGAAGAGAUUUCAUAGAGAUCUUAUGGAUAUUUACUUUGAAUAUGCCUAUGAACCGAGAAAUCGGACCACAUCUGCUUCAGUUGGUUGUUUAACAAGACAAAGUACAGAGAGUGCUAAUGAUUCUAUUUUGGACUCCUUCAGUAGAUAUGCAUCUGCAAGCAACUUUAAUGAGGUAUCCUCACGGAAGUCAGAUCUUGAUUGUUACUUGGAAGAGCCUUUACUCCAUUUGGAUGGAGCAUUCUUUGAUGUACUAGAUUGGUGGCGUGUUAAUUCUGAAAGGUUUCCUACACUGGGAAGGAUGGCUCAUGAUCUCCUUGCAAUGCCUGUGUUAGUUGUUCCACCGUGUUCGGAUUUCAGUGCCGUGAUCACAAAUCCAGCCCACAAUGGCUUGAACCCCGAGACCAUGGAAGCAUUAGUAUGCAGCCACAACUGGUUGGAAAUGCCAAAAGGAAAUGACAGAGCAAAUCACGCACCAAUGCAAAAUACGGCUAAAAGGAAGUGGGAGGAGAAAGAGACUCGUGAGGUGAAAAGCUGCAAAAAUUGGAAUUCUGAAGAAACUAACAAUGCAGACAAAGCCAAAGCUUCCUACAAAAUGCUGACGAGAGCCCUUCCGUUAGAGAAUGAUCGGCAAGAAGGGAGGCCAUUAAAAUCAUCAGAACCUAAUCAUGGAAAAGACACUAGCGGCUUAAUCGAAAUACCAAAUGGUAGUCCAUCGUUUGACAAUCAGUCCGAGUUUCAGUGCUACUCUUCUGAUGAGUCUGAUGGUGAAAUAGCAGGGAGGGAGCAAGGAGAAUGGCGUGAAGAUGAUGUUCGAAGAUAUUUACUCUUACCCCUUACAGAAAAGGGGCGUAAACGACUAAAUAAAUGGCGAAAUCAUAAGAUGAGUGGAAAAUUGAUUGGACGAGAUAAGGAGUUUGGCGUGCUGGAUUACAAAUUAGCACCUUUACUCACUGUUCCCCAUGGUGUUGAAACUCAAGUGAAGUACUACAUUGAUGAUUCGGUUGUUAAUACAUUCUUCAAAUUGCUUAAGAAGAGGUCGGAUAAAUUUCCAAAAGCGUACGUCAGUCACUAUUCAUUUGACUCUUGGAUAGCUACUUACUUGAUUGAAGGAUCCAGAUCAGAAAGUCAAGUAUUCAGUUGGUUUAAAGAUGAGAAGCUAAAAGAUGUACAAAAACUGUUUCUACCAGCAUGUUUAUCUGCACAUUGGGUUCUUUUCUGUGUUGAUACCAAGAAGCGGACAUUUUCGUGGUUGGAUUCAAAUAUAUCUUCGCGAACGUAUAAUGUUGCUGAAAAACAAGCAAUCUUAGGGUGGUUCAAAAGAUGGCUACUGCCAGCCUUUGGUUAUCAAAAUGCAAAUGAAUGGCCAUUUGAAAUUCGUUCUGAUAUUCCUGAGCAAAAGAACGGGGUUGAUUGCGGCCUAUUUGUGAUGAAGUAUGCUGAUUGCCUCACGCAUGGUGAUUUUUUCCCUUUUACACAACAACACAUGCCUUACUUUCGACUUCGUACCUUCCUUGAUAUAUACCGCGGAGGACUGCAUAGUCAAUAGUAAGCAAAGAUGCUUCGUUUGGGGCUUAAAAGGAGGUGAGAGGAACGUCUCUUAACACCUAUUGCCAAAAUAUUCAAGUGACAUUUUUAUGUGAAGCUUUUAGAAAAUCGUAAAGGAAAAUCAUGAUUAAAUUUAGAUCUAAAGUGUUAAGCCAAAUCCAAGUGGAUUGUCAUGUGAGAAGCAUAUUAGUUUUAAUUAAGUGUGAUUAAACGAAUGUAAUUCUACAACUUGCUUUAUUAAUUGAAAAGGACAAAUGUAUUCAACUUGCUUUUCUAAA